ACCAGUCCUCCAGCGAUGUUUCUCGGCAGUGGCACUUAGUGAUCACAAACAAAUACGUACAAUGGAAUGUCAGAAUGGCGAAAAGGUGAAACCGACUUUCUCGUCCCAGGAAAUGCAGCGCCGUCUGCACAUGAUACGACACCACAUGGAGGCAAAUGAAAUUGACGCAUGCGUAUUCACGUCCUAUCACAACGUUCACUAUUUCAGUGACUUCUUGUAUUGUUAUUUUGGACGCCCCUAUGCGUUUAUUGUCACUGCGAAUAAGGCAAUGAGCGUCUCUGCUGGUAUUGAUUACGGUCAGCCAUGGCGCCGGACAUUCGGCGAUAACAUCGUCUAUACGGACUGGCAAAGAGACAAUUAUUACUAUGCUGUGCAACAACAGAUUGGAGAUGUGAAGACGGUUGGAGUGGAGUUUGACUUCGUCCAUCUCGACAGCUAUCGAAAGUUUUCCGAUGCUUUGCCGAAGGCAAAAUUCGUAGAUGUCAGUCAGCCGACCAUGAAAAUGCGCAUGCUGAAGUCGCCUGAGGAGAUAGAACUUAUUAAACAAGGUGCACGCAUUGCUGAUCUUGGUGGAGAAGCGGCUGUGAAGGCAAUCAAGGAAGGUGUGGGCGAACAUGAGAUUGCUUUAGCAUCAACCGACGCCAUGGUGCGAGAAAUUGCCGACACAUAUCCUCACAGCGAAAUACGAGACACGUGGACUUGGUUCCAGUCAGGAAUCAACACAGACGGAGCUCAUAACCCAGUCACCACCCGUCGGUUGCAGAAAGGAGACAUUCUCAGUUUGAACUGCUUUCCCAUGAUCGCCGGACACUACACGGCACUGGAGCGCACGAUGUUUUGUGAUCACGUACCAACAGACCGACACAUGGAACUAUGGGAAAUCAACUGCAAGGUUCACCGCAUGGGCCUGGAUCUAAUCAGACCGGGUGCUCGGUGUAGCGACAUAGCACACGAGCUUAACGAAAUGUAUCUUGAGCACGACUUACUACAGUACCGCACGUUUGGUUACGGACAUUCUUUCGGUGUUCUUUGUCAUUAUUAUGGCCGCGAAGCGGGUUUAGAAAUCCGCGAAGAUAUAGAAACAGUCUUACAGCCUAAUAUGGUGGUAUCUAUGGAGCCUAUGAUCACAGUCCCCGAGGGGCAGCCUGGGGCGGGUGGAUACAGAGAGCAUGACAUAUUGGUUGUCAGGGACACAGACAGUGAGGAUAUUACAAAGUUCCCGUAUGGACCAGAGUUCAAUGUUAUCAAAAACUAAACGUUAUUGAAUCAAAGCUUCUUGACGCCUUAAAGGAGCUAAAUCACGGUAUUUUGUCCCGGUUAUUUUGGCCAGGACACGAAAUGACCUUUAAGUUGACGGAAACCUGAAAAUAGUAGUUUACUUAGAUUGAGAAACACCAAAGAGAUAACAAUAAACCAUAAAG